CUCCCUCCUUCCCUCCCUCCCUCUCUCCCUCCCUCCUUGCAGCCAGGCCAGCCCAGGCCUCUGGCGAACAUGGCGCUUGUCCCCAGUCAGGUGCUGCGGGUGGCGAUCCUGCUGUCCUACUGCUCCAUCCUGUGCAACUACAAGGCCAUCGAAAUGCCCUCGCACCACACCUACGGCGGGAGCUGGAAGUUCCUGACGUUCAUAGACCUGGUUAUACAGGCUGUCUUUUUUGGCAUCUGUGUGCUGACUGAUCUUUCCAGUCUUCUGACUAGAGGAAGUGGGAACCAAGAACAAGAGAGGCAACUCAGGAAGCUCAUCUCUCUUCGGGACUGGAUACUAGCUGUGUUGGCCUUUCCUGUUGGGGUUUUUGUUGUAGUGGUGUUCUGGAUCAUUUAUGCCUAUGACAGAGAGAUGAUUUACCCGAAGUUGCUUGAUAAUUUUAUCCCAGGGUGGCUGAACCACGGAAUGCACACUACAGUUUUGCCCUUUAUAUUGAUCGAGAUGAGGACAUCACACCAUGGGUAUCCCAGCAGGAGCAGCGGACUCACUACCAUAUGUACCUUCUCUCUUGGCUAUAUAUUAUGGGUGUGUUGGGUGCAUCAUGUAACUGGGAUGUGGGCGUACCCCUUCCUGGAACACAUUGGCCCGGGAGCCAGAAUCAUCUUCUUCGGGUCUACAACCAUCUUUUUGAACUUUCUGUACCUGCUGGGAGAAGCUCUGAACAGCUAUAUCUGGGAUACACAGAGAAGUAUGGAAGAAGAGAAAGAGAAGCCUAAAUUGGAAUGAGAUCGAAGUGUACAAGGAAGAACUGGUCUGAGCGGCCAUGAAGACUCAUUACCCCCAUUUCCCCUGGGGCAUUGGCAGUACAGGAGAGGAAGCCACAUGGAACUCUUAGAACUCGGUGGAAUGUACCCCCACCUGCCAGCCCAAGGGAGGACACCUUUUAUAGAGAAAUAUACUACAUAAGAAUAGAAUACAGUUGUUUCUAAAAUAACUCCUCCUGGUUUCUUAAAGAAAUCUUUCCAAAUUCAUGAUUGAUGGUAACAUUUUCCCCCUCUUCUAGUUUCUAAAACUAAAAUUGUGCAUUGGAUUUUAAUUUGUGCAAUUGUAUUAUAAUACCAUUAAGAAUAAAAUUCUGUUUUGUUUCUUGUUGAGAAAUUUGUGAAAAAUCAAAGGAGCAGAUGUAGAGCAAGGCAUUUGAGUAUUUGUCCUACAGGUGGCUGGAAAAAGGAACCCCGGCCCCACUGUAAGCCUGGAGAAAAUGCGUUGGGUAACCCCUAUUUGCAAUAAUGUCACAGUUGCCUCAAACAGGCAAUGUGAGCGAAAAGUACAUCAACUUAGUCAAAUCCAUGAAUGUUUUUGUAUCUCACAGUUUAAUCUUAUGAACUGUUUCCUAAAUGCAAACUAUAAUUUUAAUAAAGAUCAAGCAAUCCCU